CGGGGCGGGGAGCGGCGACCCGGAGAGGCGGAGCGGGAAGCGAAAGCGAAAGCGGGGAAGCGGCGGGGGCAUCAUGGCGGCGCCGCUGCUGGUGCGACUCUGCCCGGCCCCCGGCGCCGCCGAGAAGCCGCUGCUCAAGCUCCAGAGCUACUUCCAGUCAGGGAAGCGGUCGGGGGGCGGCGAGUGCGAGGUGCGGGCGGGCCCCGAGCACGGCACCUACUGGGUGCACUUCCAGCAGGAGCGAGAUAAGAGGAGCGUGGAAUCCCGCACGGAUCAUGUCUUGGAAUUGGGUGCCCGGCGCCUGAGGAUUGUCAUCCAGGUGGGAGAAGGGGAUGCGGGAAAGAGCCCGGUUACAGCGCAGGCCUCGUCCAGCUCAUCCUCCCCUCAGCGGGCUGCCGAAGGCCAUGGAGACGCGUCAGGAGAAGUCAUUACCAAAAAGAUAUUUCUUACAGUAUCUGCAACUUUGAAUACCAGUAUGUUCACUGCAGAGCAAAGGGAGAAAAUUACCGUUAUAUGUCCAAAUUUAAAAAGAGAAGGAAAUCCUAAUAUUGAUGGCUCUGAGCAAUUGACGGGAGAUUUUACUGAUAUUGAAAAAGCUUAUCACUACUUUAAGGAUAUCCUCGCGGGCAAAGACACAAACCAUAAUUUUUCACAUGCCGAAAGUAAGAAGGGUUUGGAAGACGAAAAUGGUCUGAGUACUGAAGAAAUGAAUGAGCUUACAGUUCCGUCAGCUCUAUAUGAAUAUUUCAAUCAUACCCGCAAAGAAAAAAUCAAAGUACUACAUGAACGUUUUGGAGUGCGUAUAAGAAGUAAAGAUCAUUGCAAUGGAAGCACAUCAGUGUGCUUCACUUCUGAUGAAAGUCCUGCAUCGAUACAAGAAGCUAAAGAUUUAUUUAUCAGAACUUUUCAGAAAAGCAUAGAAGAUCUGAAACAGGAGAAAAUUCCCUUAACAAAUGGUUACACAUUAAAUGAGACAAUAAGGAAAUUAAAUGCCAGGUUUAGUAAUCUUCUUGCCAAAGAGGAAGGGAAUCAAUUGCUGCUCCGUGGUCCAGCGACUGAGAUUUUAGCUGCCAAAAAAUUUCUAGCACAGGAGGAUGAGGACAGCCAAACCGAAAAGAAUAUGAAAAUAUCAUCUGAACUGUACAGAUACAGGAAUGGAGUAGAAGUUGAUGCUUCUGUGUUUAAAUUGUUGGAAACAACAUUAAGCAAAGAAAUUGAAGACAUUAAAGACAAAUUUGAUACAGUAGUAGAAAAGAAAGACAGUUCAUACGGCCAGAAGGUGUUCAUAAUAUUUAGGCCUAGGACCAAAACUUCUGAUAUGUCUUCACAUGCUACUGAAAGUUUCAUCAAUGCAUUUCAGAAUGCCUCUGCAAUGUUAAGAGAAAAAAUCAUCAGCUGUAAGCUUUCAGAAGAUCAGAAGAAAAGAUUAAAUAUACUACUUAAUGGAAAACAAUUGGAAGAUCUGCAUGUAAAACUUAAGAAGGAGGAAGACAAACUCAUCUUAAGUGGUUUACCAAAGCAUCUUCAUGCUGCUGAAAAGCACAUUGUGAACCUUCUUAACACUGAGGACUCAACACAAACUAAAAAUAGGACACCACUGUCCUCUGAUCUCAGCUAUCAAGAAGUUACGGAAGCAUCUGAGAAGAAAUACAACGGCAGGCAAAAGAAUAAUCUUCCUCCUGAAAGACAGUCCAAGGUGAAGACAGAAGAAGAUGACAAAGAUGUGUGUCCGAUUUGCAUGGAGACAAUUAAGAAUAAAGAAAUUCUGAGAAAGUGCAAUCAUGCGUUUUGCAAAAGUUGCAUUGACCAGGCCAUGACUUAUAAGCAAGCUUGUCCUAUUUGUAAUACCGUCUAUGGACUCAUGGAAGGAAACCAACCAGAGGGAACAAUGUCGGUUAGAACGAUGUCUUCAUCUCUCUCUGGUUAUCCCAACUGUGGUACUAUUGUGAUUACAUAUAGUAUGUGUGCUGGUAUUCAAACUAGCAACCAUCCAAACCCAGGGAAACCUUAUUGUGCAACUCGUCGAAUAGCGUAUUUACCUGACAACAAGGAAGGGCGAGAAAUUCUGCAGCUCCUCAGAAGAGCCUUUGACCAAAAAUUGAUUUUCACUGUGGGGCAGUCACGUACUACUGGUGUACGAGAUGUUAUCACAUGGAAUGAUAUUCACCACAAAACUUCCACGAUUGGAGGACCUUCCAAUUUUGGUUACCCUGAUCCUCAUUAUCUGCAACGAGUUCGAUCAGAAUUGAAAGCAAGAGGAAUUGAAUGAAGAGAUUUAACAACCGUCAGCUCUUAAGUGUAAUAACUGAACACAUAGCAGUUAAUUUACUGUUCAUACAAGAAGAAGGAAGUUACUUUGUUCAACUGCUGUACUUAAAUCACUUGUCUUCCGCAGUCAGCUCAGUAAUCUUUUUUUCAUCAAAUGACAUAUGUUUGUUUUACACAUCAUUUAGUUCCUUGAAUAAUGCUUCACUCUGUGAGUAACCUUUACAGAAUUUGCGUCUUGUGAGUGCAGCAUCAGAACUUGUUGCACUUGUCAAAUACCAAAUUGUGUGUCUUAUUUUACUAGUGAAUCCAAUAUGCACUUUUUCCCACAAGUAUUCAGUCCGACCACCAAAACCGAUAGAUCCACUACUAGCUUUUAUUUGAUCAAACACUUACUUUAGCUUUGUGUAAUUACGUCUGUCAUCAUGGAUAGCAUCAUGUAACCCAUCUGCUGGAAGAUUUUUAUGCAGCUGUUAUAGCAUCAGCUGCAAUGAGGCUGUGACCUCUUGCUUCUUUUCCUUUUCAGGGUAGAAACAGCAUUAGCAGUUUGGGUUUAAAAUGUGAAAUUAGCAUGGAUAAUGUAUGAGGGGUUAUGUGGGUGCUGCUGCAUUUUUAGGCCUGCAGAAAUGCUGAACACUCGGAGCCGCGUUGGAGCAAAUGGAAAGUAACAGUGUCUGCAGCCAUCUCUGGUCAUGGGGUCCCGGUUCUGUGCCUGCCAUCGUGUUUAAGCUUAAAUACAACUUUUAAGUCAACUACAUUCUUCCCAUUGCUUCCAGUAUAUGGUUUAAAUUGUAUUGUAAAGAUACUUUGUUGCUACUCUGCACUGCCUAAAUAGCCUGAUAAUUACCUUUGUUGUGGUGUGAAACAAAUAGCUUUCACCUAAGGCAGCCAUAAUUUGUAGUGAGUUAAACCAUUUUUGUUCGGCUAAUUAAUGUAACUAAUAAAUAAAAUAAAUACCAUCUGCUCA